AAAAGUAGUAUGAAAUGGGGGAUUCUGAAACAUGAGCCCCUGAUCCUUGCUGAUCCUUGCUGAUCCGCUGAGCCGUGCCACACCCCCCUACCGCCACACCGCCUGAUCCACUAUGUGUGUGACGUAUUUUUACACCGCUGCCCCCUGACCAUUGCUGAGCCACACCCCCCUACCGCCACCCGCUCCACUACGUACAUGACGUAUUUUUACACCCCCGCCCCUCACCAUCAUGUGACCCCACCAUCAUGUGACCCCACCACCUACCGCCGCUGCCCGAUCCACUACGUACAUGACGUAUUUUUCACAGCCGCCGUGGUUAUCAGUUAUCAAUUAUCAGUUAUCAAUUACACACAUCAUUUUAUUGUACACGCACCAUAUUAUUGUACACACACCAUAUUACCGUACACGCACCAUAUUAUUGUACAUUUAUAUUCGAGUCAUCAUGCACAUGCGCAGAAGAACUAUUUUAUCAUAUUAUUGUACAUAUAUACCAGUUACAUUAUCAACGUCUUUAAUAACGUUUUUCAUUAAAUAAUGCAAAAAAAAAAUAAUAAUCUGGUGUUAGAAUCGAACCGGGAUAUGUACAAACGUAACCAAACAUAUAUUCCCCACUUCAACUCUAACUCCAUUGAUAAUUAUUGUUAAAACUGUUAUAUAUAAAGUAUUUUAUUGUAACAAAUAACGUCCUGGUCAAAUUAAAAAGCAUCGUCAGUAGAGAUAUUCCAUUACAGACAUGCAUCGACAGGUCCGAGUAGAAAUAUGAGGAAUUUAUUUCAGUACAUCGACAUGCAUCGACAUGUCCGAGCAGUCUAUUGUUAUUUACAUCUAUAAGAUAUGUAUUUAAGCCUCGAAUUAUGAGUCACACGUCCAUCCUUUGUCAUUAAGGAAUGUACCCCUACCUAUUAUUGUCUGAAAUGCACAUAUGCUUGGCUCUACAAGAGCAGACAAUCAUUCAGUCUGUCCUCAGCCUUAUACUGUUUCUCACGUCUCAACCGUUUCUCUCGCAGUUUUUAUAUUUUUCAGUGUUUAUUAUUUUAAAAACAAAUUUUUAAAAACAUGGCUGGUUCAAUUGAAGACAACGCGGCAUUAUACAAGAAGAAGACCUACACUUUUGUGCCGCCAGCACCUCCGGCUGAUCUCAUCGAGUCUACUAGCUACACACUUGACUUUACUGCCCGUAAGUUUAUUCAUAUCGGUAUUGACCCAUCUUCGAGUUUCAAAAUUGUAGUGCAUAUACUAACUUCUUCGAGAUACGUUCAUAUUACUCCGGAAUUUUUAAAAAAAAUAUUCUCGUAUAUGGGUCAUAUCCUGUCUUUUAUACUGGAUACGCCACAGAAAUAUAAACGAGUAUUAUUUUAUGAAGAUGAAAUAUUAAAACUAUCGAGUAUGGUAUACAGCGGAGAAAAUGUGUUAGUGAUAGAAGCAAAAGACCGAGAAGGAUGUAGAAUAUUAUUGAAUCGGGCGGACCUUAUCCGACUUCAAUACCUCGAGUGUUCCAUCGUCGAGACCUUAGUGAGGAAAGAAGUAUUCACUGUACCUUUAGUUAUAAAUCAGUAUAAUGAGAUUAUAGCGUACCUAGAUAAAAAAUGUGCUCAACAUAAAUUAUCAUCGGAAAAUUUGGAUCAGAUGGUAAUUUUCAUUAAAAAUAUACAAGACGAUCAAGUCGUUAAGUCCGUUCCAAACUUCUCCAAUCAAAUACAGAUGUGUGCAACUGUACAGUUGGCUGAAUCAUUAUUACACCAGAACAACUCGCAUGAGUAUUCCAAUGAAACGACGCUCAUUUCACCAAUGUCGUCACCAACACCAAUGUCACCACCUACACCGAUGCCAACACCACCACCGAUCUCACCACCACCGAGUUUCACCAGGCAAUCGCCGAGCAGAGCAGUCGAUGAAAACGACGGACCGUUUUGGUACAACAUGUCAUCAUUAUCGGAAAUGUGUUUUGCACCAAAACGUAAACUAUUUUAA